UAUUGCCUUUGCGCGGUCUUUGAGGGUGAGCGUUUAACAAGAUACGCUCUGUUCCCGCACGCAGAGUUACUGAAUGAAGACGCUUUUGAAAACCAUUAACCGCAAGACUGCAUUUACUUAUCUGCAUUCAAAGGAAGUUAUUUCACAGGUCUGCUUUCUGAAAUUUUAUUUUAUUUUCCAGUCCUUUGAUAUAAGAAGAAGUAUACAAUAUGAUUACUCUUGCGGGAUCACAGAGGCACACUGGAUAGUACCUGACUCCAAAAUGAAUUGGGUUGCAAUUUUCCUGACCAUAUUCUUUCGAACAGUUGUCCUUCAUAGUAUCUUGAAUGAAAGGUCACUGGUGACGAUGGGUUCUUCACAGAGAUCUGUUGCCAGAAUGGAUGGAGACAUAAUUAUCGGUGCUCUUUUCUCAGUCCAUCAUCAGCCUCCUGCCGACAAAGUUCCAGAGAGAAAAUGUGGAGAGGUCAGGGAGCAAUAUGGCAUCCAGAGGGUCGAGGCCAUGUUUCAUACAUUGGACAGGAUCAAUUCAGACCAACAUCUUCUUCCUAACAUUUCUCUGGGUUGUGAGAUAAGGGACUCUUGUUGGCAUUCUUCUGUGGCCCUAGAACAGAGUAUUGAGUUUAUAAGAGAUUCGUUAAUUUCCAUCAGAGAUGACAAGGAUGGUUCAAAAUGGUGCCUUGAUGGGAUGACUUCCUACAUUCCUGUAAGAACAAGGAAACCCAUUGCUGGAGUAAUUGGGCCGGGAUCAAGUUCAGUGGCCAUACAAGUGCAAAAUCUUCUCCAACUUUUUAAUAUUCCCCAGAUUGCUUAUUCUGCUACAAGCAUUGAUCUUAGUGACAAAACCCUCUUUAAAUACUUUUUAAGGGUGGUACCUUCUGAUACACUCCAGGCACGGGCAAUACUGGAUAUUGUCAAGAGAUACAACUGGACCUACGUAUCUGCAGUUCACACUGAGGGAAAUUAUGGAGAAAGUGGAAUGGAAGCCUUUAAAGAAUUGGCUGCUCAGGAGAGCCUCUGCAUUGCCCAUUCUGAUAAAAUCUACAGUAACGCCGGUGAGAAGCACUUUGAUAGACUUCUGCGCAAACUCAGAGAGAGACUGCCUAAGGCGAGAGUUGUCGUCUGUUUCUGUGAAGGGAUGACAGUAAGAGGGCUGCUUAUGGCUAUGAGGAGACUUGGGGUCGCUGGAGAAUUCCUCCUGGUUGGCAGUGAUGGCUGGGCUGACCGUGAUGAAGUCAUAGAAGGAUAUGAGAUGGAAGCACUAGGAGGAAUCACCAUGAAGCUGCAGUCUGAGGAGGUCAUGUCUUUUGAUAACUACUUCCUAAAGUUACGGCUUGAUACUAACACACGUAAUCCAUGGUUUUCUGAAUUUUGGCAAUACCGGUUUCAGUGUCGUAUUCCAGGACACCCCCAGGAAUAUCACAACUAUCGAAAAAUAUGUACAGGAAAUGAAACCUUGGAAGAAAACUAUGUCCAAGACAGUAAAAUGGGGUUUGUUAUAAAUGCCAUAUAUGCCAUGGCACAUGGACUGCAUGACAUGCACCGAAGCCUAUGUCCAGGUCACACAGGCCUGUGUGAAGCUAUGACUCCAAUCGAUGGCAGCAAACUGCUGGAGUUCCUUUUGAAGACUUCAUUUAUCGGAAUUUCUGGGGAGGAAAUCUGGUUUGAUGAAAAUGGAGACAGUCCAGGGAGAUAUGACAUCAUGAAUCUUCAGAGUGUGGAAAGUGGGCGAUACGAUUAUGUGAAUGUUGGAUCUUGGCAUGAAGGCAUUCUGAAUAUUGACGACUACAGGAUUCAAAUGAACAGAAGUGGGAUUGUGCGUUCAGUAUGCAGCGACCCCUGCUCUAAAGGGCAGAUAAAGGUUAUCCGGAAAGGAGAAGUGAGUUGCUGCUGGAUUUGCACCCCCUGUAAAGAAAAUGAAUUUGUCCAUGAUGAAUUCACUUGUAAGGCGUGUGAACUGGGCUACUGGCCCAAUGAAGAAUUGACAGGUUGUGACCGAAUCCCAGUGAAAUACCUUGAAUGGAACAAUGUAGAGUCUAUAGUAGCAGUGGUUUUCUCGUGUUUGGGAAUUUUGGUCACCAUGUUUGUCACCUUCAUUUUUGUACUCUACAGAGACACACCAGUGGUCAAGUCUUCCAGCCGUGAGCUCUGCUAUAUCAUCUUGGCAGGGAUAUUCCUCGGUUACAUCUGCCCCUUUACACUAAUUGCUAAGCCCACAGUGGCAUCCUGCUACCUUCAGCGACUUUUAGUAGGACUUUCGUUAUCCAUGUGUUAUUCAGCUUUGGUGACGAAGACCAACAGAAUUGCUCGCAUUCUUGCUGGCAGCAAGAAGAAGAUCUGCACAAGGAAGCCACGAUUUAUGAGUGCUUGGGCACAAGUUGUCAUUGCUUCAAUCUUAGUCAGCCUUCAGCUCACUCUGGAAGUAACUCUUAUCAUUAUGGAGCCUCCUAUGACUGUCUUGGCUUAUCCUAGUAUAAAAGAGGUCUUCUUAAUCUGCAACACAAGCAACCUAGGGGUAGUGGCACCCUUAGGAUUCAAUGGGCUUUUAAUAAUGAGUUGCACUUACUAUGCUUUUAAGACGAGGAAUGUUCCAGCUAACUUUAAUGAAGCAAAGUAUAUUGCCUUCACUAUGUACACCACGUGCAUUAUAUGGCUGGCCUUCAUACCAAUAUACUUUGGAAGCAACUAUAAAAUUAUAACCACUUGCUUUUCCGUGAGCCUAAGCGUGACAGUUGCUCUGGGAUGCAUGUUCACACCCAAGAUAUAUAUUAUCAUUGCCAAGCCUGAAAGGAACGUGCGAAGUGCUUUCACCACAUCUGAUGUCGUACGCAUGCAUGUAGGUGAUGGGAAAGUGGCCUGUCGGACCAACAGUUUACUAAAUAUGUUCAGGAGGAAGAAAAAUCCAGCUGGAAAUACCAAUUCUAAUGGAAAGUCUGUGUCAUGGUCUGAACCAGGUGCAAGACAGCCGCCGAAGGGUCAACACAUGUGGCACCGGCUGUCAGUCCACGUGAAAAGACAAGAGGCGGGCUCGAAUCAGACAGCUGUGAUAAAACCCCUCACUAAAACCUACCAGAACAAGAGCCUCAACUUCUCAGACAUCAGCACCAAAACCUUGUAUAAUGUAGCUGAAGAAGAUGAGACGGACCACGGGAGGUACAACAGGCCCAACAGUCCAUCCAUGAUGGUGCACAGGCUAUUACCCAACAUGGAGUCACCAAAGGAAGUAGAAGAUCAUCGGUUAUAUACACCAGAGCUUAUAGAGAAAAGUAUUCUGCCCCAGCAGGUUAUGGAGCAACUCCAGGGUGUUGUUACUAAGUUUAGCACAAGCAUCCCUGAUAUCAACUCCAUCAUUAAUCUCCCAAGCCCAGGUAAUGGCAUAAGCCCCAUCUACCAACCCCAUCUCAUACAACAGCAGGGUCUUCCUCUUCAGAUGAGCACCUUUAGUGAAGAUCCUGCUUCUCCAACGGUGGAAGUGGAGAGUGAGCGGUUGCAUCUCAUACACAGCUACAUGUAUGACAACACGGGCAUCCAGGAAGAGGAGGAACUGGUUCAAAGUAAAUUGACCCUGGAGGACUCUCCAGCUUUAACGCCACCUUCCCCCUUCAGAGAUUCAGUAUGCUCUGGCAGCUCUGUUCCCAGCUCUCCGGUGUCAGAGUCUGUGUUGUGCACACCACCCAAUGUGACAUAUGCCUCAGUCAUUCUAAGGGACUAUAAACAAAGUUCUUCUACUCUGUAACACUGCAUAUGCAAAAUUAUAAGAGGGCUGAAUAAAACACAGGUCGCAUCAGAAACAUGGUUUCUGAGAUAAGCUGGCCAAUGCAAAAUAAAAAUGGGUAAAUAUUAAAAGCAGACAUUUCAAAUGUUUAGUAUGACUAAGGAUUUAAGGAGAUGCUGCCUUUUUACUUUUUUAGAAAAAAAAA